AUGGAAGUAUCGGUGGGCAUAUUGGCACCCCUCCCAGAGGAUGUGACAGCGCAGCUGUUGGGGCCACCAGUGUUCGACCCUAGGAAGCUGUCCACCACUUUUCUUCCAGGCUCCACAGAGUCAGGGCCCCUGCCCCCGGCGCCACGCCGCUACACCCUGACCCACAAUGACCUGACAGGGCAGCUGCGCCUGUCCAUUGGGAGUGCCUACAAUCGGGCACAAGUCUCCGGCUGGUACACACGGCUCAUCAGGGAUGAGGUACUGGCAGAGUGGAUCUUUGAUGGGGAGGGCCAGGCGAGCCUGCACGUGCACUGCCAUGUGAGCGGCGAGGAGCGGUGGCUGGCCCCUCCAGCGCUGCGUAACUACAUAUUCCAGCGCGAAAUGCCUCUGGUUCUAGACACAGUCUUGCAUGCGGAUCGGGUGCUGCUGAGCCAGCUGCCUUGUUUCCAAAACGCGGCAGUGGUCGUCCAUCUUACCUCCCACAUAAAGGAGCUGCACAUGAGCAUGCAGUGGGGCCGGCUGAGUCAGCGCGCCACCUGGCCCAGCAACCCUCUACCUCUGGGCUGGGGACUUGCCGGCACUCCAACUCGCCCACCAGCCGCUGCUGCAGUGCCCCUUGCAGAUGCAGCAGAGAUGCCACCUCCGCCCCUGGAUGGCUUGGAAAGCAGGGCAGCGGAUGAUGCCCUGAUCUUGAUGCCCGAUGCCGGCGUGGAUGUGAGGCUAAUAGAUGCAUCUGGCAAUGGAUUGGCAGUCCUUGCAGAGGCAUCUGCCGAGGAGGCAGCCGCACUGGCGCUGCGUGCAUCCGCUGUCGACCCGCAGUCCCAGGCAGUUGGCCUGGAAACAGCUGGGGGCGAGGUGUUGGGGGUGUACAGGGAGGGGCCAGGGGAGGAUAGGCUUAUUGUAUCACAGGGUCCCUCGGAUGAUGAGGCACAGUGGCCGGACAGAGCCGGCAUCAAAUGGCCACAGCCAUCCUCUGCCGCCGUCUAG